GUGGUCUGUCGUGUAAGUGUCGUGUUCUUCAAGCCACAACGCUGCCUGGCCUGUACUUGAAGAAUCCUGUACUUGACGAUAGUAGGUGGUAGUUUUUUUAGAGAAACAGGUUCCAUCUUCCUAAUGUCUUGGUUAAGAAUUCCAGACGAAAUUCUACUGAAGAUAUUAUCAUAUCUGUCAGAACAAGAUCUUGUCUCUCUAGGACAAGUGUGUAAACGUUGGCACGUGCUAUCCCAAGAUGAAUAUCUCUGGAAGAGUCUCCUCUCACUACACUAUCCAUACAACCAACCACUUCCUUCUGAUGACAGCCUUAGUCGUUCCACACCUGCUUCUCUUGACGUGUAUCGCAGCUUUAGAGAUAAUGUGGCCAGUCUCAAUGUUCAGGUGGCCACUCAGCACUCUGAUGAGGUUCUACAUGUUUCGUUUAGUCACAACGGACGUUUGGUUUGCAGCACGUCCAAAGAUGCAACGGCAUGUUUAUGGUCAGUCACAACAGCAUACACCCUUGACCUGGUCGACACGCUCGUGUUCUUUUCUGACUUGACGUUGCCAUAUAAACAUACUGUCUACUCUGAAUUCAAUCAGGAUGAUACUAUGUUGCUAGUGUAUGGCACUGUUGACCAUAUCCCCACAGGAGGAAUUGUCUACAUCUAUGAUCUUAAACAACAAAAGUUUCUCUCUCAUGCUGUCACUCGGCCACUUAACAUAUUCUCAACUUGGCUUGAUUCACAACAUUUUGCAUAUGGCGACAUUAUGGCAAGCAGUCUUGAACCGGGUGGUUCUGAAAGCAUUCUUUAUUGUUCAAAUGCAAGAAGACAAGCUGGAGACUACAAACAACUUGGCCGAUUUUAUAAUAGACGGGGCACUUGUAUACGACAGAUAAGAAGCAUGCCUUUGGUUGAUAUGAAAGCUGGCAGUAGUCAUUCCAAUUGUGGAAGUGAUUAUCGCCUAUUCUAUAGCAAAGGAGACACAUAUCGUUGUGGUCACCAACUUGCAUGCUGUGAUGUUACAACAGAGAGGUUGCCUCCGAUUUCAUCUAAUCGAGAAUUUAUAACUUCGACUCACAAGAAUGUUUGUGAAGUGAAUGGACGCGUCGUUGGCCUCCGAAUGUCUCCCGACAAUCAGUUAAUCUACAUCAACUGUCGACCGUUUACAAACACUGAUGCACACGCAAACUUGCUACAACCUGAUAUUUCCGAGAACGCAGAAGUUCGAGUGUAUCGUUCUGACUCACUGGAACUCGUUCAAAUGCUACGUGGUCACAAGUGUUACACCCCCAAAUCGAGUUGCUUCAUUAUUCAUCUUGACGUCAGUGAGAGUUACAUUGCAAGUGGGGCUGAGGACAGACUGGUUCACGUAUGGGACAGGCGUUCUGGCGCCAAAUUGGCUACUCUCUGUGGUCACACCAAUGUGGUGAACGCAGUUGCGUUUAAUCCGAGGAAUGAAGGCAUGUUAGUUAGUGCAAGCGAUGAUUUUACCCUACGAGUAUGGCAUUCUCGACAUCUCGUAAGGUCUUGCAAGGAACUUAGAGUUUCAAAUUUUUAAAUUUAUGUUGUUAUAAUAUAAUAGCCAAGAGUGUGUUUAAACAAUGUGUGCAUAUAAUGAAUUAUGUAUCAUAGUGUGAAUGUGUGAAAUAUGUGACUACCAAUAAUUGAAAUUAGCCCAGCAAUGAUUUUCGGAACUGC